AUGGCAUCAUACUCAAGCUCCUCCAGUUCUGAGGAUACCGUCGAUGUUCCCGAUGAUCUCAACAGCAAGGAGAUUCUUCUCUUCGCGGGCUUCGACAAGGACGUUGCGGACAGGAUUUGGCGUCAUUGGUGUGACCAAGAAGACCAGCAAGAUUUCGUCAUCCAAGCAGGCCGUCAUUACAUCAAGGCUAAGGCUAUAGAACUGAAUGCCAUUGACGACGAUGACGACUGGAAUGCAGCUCUCAAUAACAUGGGUAUCUCGGAGGACAUGCAAAGAAGAAUCAUGAAUCCAGAGUUCAACGACAUUCGACGCACACGGAGCGCUGAAGAGUGGGCAUUGGACAACCUCGAGGAAACGUUCGACUUUCUUGCCGGUCUCAGCAGAAGGAUCGAGAAACUUCGCAAAGCAAACACCAUCGAUCGCGUCAAGUCUCCCGAUGAAAACAAAAAGCCCACGCCUGCUAUCCGCCCUGAUCGCCAUGAUCGCUCUCGUGCAUCUUCAAGCAGUGGUAGUUUUCCUCCUGGUCGUCAGGAACGCUCUGGUGCAUCUUCGAGUAGUGGCACUGGCAGUCUUCCUUCACCUGCGAUAGUUUCACCCACUCCCCCCAAGGCCAUCGAUGGUCGCACCAUGAUGUAUAAAGGCGGUUCCGAGGCACGAAUUCAAGAUAGCAUCAGCGAAGCUCAAGGCCUCCGAAUCGGAAAACUAUACUCCACGGCACCGACGGAUUUUCACCCAGCCAGCAACACGCUUCUUUACUUCACGAAGCACCACGAUGUCGCCCUCAAGUACGCUCGAUACCAGGCUGAACGUUUGCCUCCUAUCAAAGCAGCAGUUCUUCAAGUCGCAAUCCCUAACAAUCUCCUCAGUGACGCCCGCGAGAUCUACGGCGAAAACUGGCGCGACCUUGUUUGGAAUUCGAGAAACAAGAGGCUACAUGCUGACGGCAUUGAACUACCAGGCCAUCUUCUGCAGUUUGUCGACAAUGACGUGCUGGUUAGCAACCUCUGCACUGACACUACCGACAAGAUAAGCCUAAGACUGGACAAUAAGAGUCAGCUCCAGAUAUUCAAACUACCCAACGGCGUCAAGGCCACACAGCACGUUAUACAGACGGUUUCUCGACAGAAGGAGAUUGCCAAGGAAACCGUCGGGUUUGUUUGGCUGGUACCCUACAUUCAGCCGGGAGGUGUUCGCGAUGAGAAGAAGGCUCGUGAUGAGAAGAAGGAACGCGACGAGAAGAAAAAGAGUCGCAAGUAG